GAUGGUAGUUAGAAACGACGCUCAGUUACCGACGCUCGCUCACAGGCACCGGAACUGUUACUAAAUUAUCCGUUAAAGUCGUGACAUGUUACACGUUCAUUUUCAAUACGGUGAAAUAUAGCUCGUAAUUUAUCUGUGACGAGAACCACUGCAGGAAGACAAGGUUCAUGUGACCUCCAGUGAAUCAAAAUGUGGAUUUCCAAUGAGUUUGGGUUCCUGUUUCUCUCAGCUUUAACACUGAAUUUAUGCGACGCCUUCGAAACAAGAUCCUGUAAUGAACCACUCGGAAUGGAAUCUGGCACCAUUCCUGAUGAGGCCAUUACUGCCAGCUCCUCUUAUGUUCCUAAUGUUGGUCCUCGAAAUGGCAGGCUUCGGGUAGAGAAAGCAGGGGGCGGAUGGUGUCCAAAACAACAAGUGGAAAGAGGAAUUAGAGAAUAUCUACAAGUAGAUUUGGGUGAGGUUCACGUAGUCACAGGAGUACAAACUCAAGGGAGGUAUGAUAGAGGUCGAGGUCAAGAAUAUGCCGAAGAGUACACAGUGGAAUAUUGGCGGCCUGGUUUAAACGAAUGGAAGGAAUACAAGCGAUGGGAUAAUAAGCAGAUAUUGCGAGGGAACAGUGACACCGCUUCUGUGGAAAGUCAGCGUUUAAUGCCUCCAGUGUUCGCUAGCAAAGUGCGAAUUCUGCCCUACAGCGUCCACAGGAGAACUGUUUGCCUCCGAAUUGAACUUCUGGGAUGUCCGUAUGAAGGCGGAAUUAUUUCCUACAGCAUUCCCGAAGGCUCAGAACCAUCCCAGGGACUCUACGACAGUUCCUACGAUGGUACCCGUAACGACGGGACACUAGAAGGUGGUUUAGGCCGUCUGGUAGACGGCGAAUUUGGUGCCGACAAUUUUAGAUUAGAUAUAGGCUACGGCAAAGGUAAUGGAUGGAUUGCUUGGAAGAAUGACACAAGUGCUAAUGGCUACGUCGAACUUACGUUUGAAUUUGAUCAAAUACGAAACUUUAGCGAAGUUUAUUUGUUCACAAAUAAUUUUUUUAGCAGAAAUGUACAGGUUUUCUCCAAAGCGAAAGUGAUGUUCAGUAUCGGAGGACGUUUCUACAAUGGCCCAACACUGUCCUAUUCAUACAUGCCAGAUCGAGUGCUGGAAAAUGCCCGGAACGUCUCCAUUAAUCUUCAUCAAAGACUCGCUCGUUUCAUCAAACUGCGUCUGUUUUUCGCGGACCGCUGGAUGAUGCUCAGUGAAGUAGCCUUUGAUUCUGUGCCUGUCGCGUUCAAUAUUUCCGAAGAGGAAACUCUUGAUCUUAGUGAAAACGAACUUGUAAUUAGUUCAGCCGGUGGAAAUACAUUGGAUGCUUUUGAAACAAUUGCAGCUCGCAAAGAAGGUGAUACAUACGUGGAAAUAAUCAUAGGUGUAUUAACGGCAAUAAUAUUAUUACUCCUAGUAGUUUUUGUGAUCAUUUUGAUACUCAACAAACGACACAAGCUGCAAGGCUCGCCCACCUUGCUUAAAAACCCGUUCGGUGUCACCAUCAACAUGAAGGAUUUGUUGAUGAAUUUAUCAUCGAGUAAUAACGCGGCUCAGAGCAGCCACCCGACUCCAGUGAGUCAAGAAGCGCCAGGAGACUCCUCGUCCGUUUCUUUCGAACAGUAUCGAUCUCCGCUUGUAGGAAAUUAUUAUACACCGAAUUACGCAACGUUGAGGUGUUCGUCAACAAUGGAAGAACCGGAGGAGCCUCCGGAAGUACCUCCGUUACCCGACUCACCGACACUACAUCAAAGUCCCAUUUCAGCAUCGUCUCCUCUCCACUACAGAAGUUUACAAAGCACGCCAGCAAUAAGUCCAAAGUCGAAGAUGAUUAAUUUAGGAAAUUAUUUUCCGAGAGUUGCCACUGAUCCACCAAAUCGGAAACGAUACCACACAGCGCCGAGGGAGAAACACAGGAUACCACCGCCAGUUGUGUGCUGGAACAUUGCUCCAAGCAUGGGUCACGCUUACAGCUGCAGGGAAGCGGAAUUAGUACCGAUACCGCGAUAUUCUCUCCGGCCUUUGGAAAAAGUCGGAUCCUGUCACGCUGGAGAGAUCACCCUCUGCGAAACGGAAGGUUUGGAGGAUAUAAUUCCGGGCGUGUGUCGUUUAGUGGCUGUCCGAACACCGAGUCCGGAAAGAGCGAAAAGUGAUGCUGCGACAGGUUCAAUGGAAUCACUCCGAGAAGUUCGCUUUCUCGCCAGCUUAUCUGAUCCGAAUAUUUGUAAAGUUCUGGGAGUUUGUACGGCCGAACAGCCACCCUGGACCGUCAUUGAAUACGGUGAAAUGGGAGAUCUAGCUCAAUAUCUGCAGUUUCUCGUCAAUAGGAAUGGCACUGUUCGGUCGUCGGCCGAUCAACCCGUAAGCGUGGAUAAUCUCAUCUACAUGGCCAGCCAAGUAGCUUCCGGAAUGAAGUAUCUCGAAAGCAAACAUGUAGUUCACAAAGAUCUCGCUGCUAGGAACUGCCUGGUUGGUAGGAGAUUCGUAGUUAAAAUAGCAGACGUAGCAAUGUGUAAACCCCAAUAUAGGAAAGAUUAUGCCGAAAUUGGCGGUCGGCCACCUGCUCCCAUCCGCUGGUUACCAUGGGAGAGCAUCCUCCUCGAUCGAUAUUCGUGCUCAAGCAGUGUUUGGGCGUUCGCUGUCACUCUAUGGGAGAUUCUCAGUUUUGCAUGCGAACGGCCUUUUAGCAAUUUAUCCAAUGAGAAAGUCAUACAAAACGCCGAACACAUGUAUUACGGGGGCGAACUUCAGGUCUUGUUAAGCAAACCACCCAUUUGCUCAACAGAGAUCUACGAAAUGAUGUGUCAGUGCUGGAAGAGGGACGACACCGAAAGACCCACCUUCAAGGAGAUUUGCUUGUUCUUGAAACAUCACAAUAAAGACUACACGCCCACCGACUGAUACAAAAGCGCAGAUUGAGACACAGGGUGAUCAAAAUUUAGUUUCGAUUCGAGUCAAAAUUAUCAAAUCUUAGAACACUCUGUAAAGCGCUGCACAACUCCUCUGAAUUGUAAAACUCUAUAUCGUUGAAAUAAAUUAAAACGUGCUUUUAGACUGAGGCAGGGUUAUGAUUUGCUAACCAAUUGUCGUGAUAUUGCACAUAUUCUAAAUCUAUUUUCUGAAGCAAUAAAGGAACAUUAUUUAAAAUAGACGUGUUAUUCAACAAAUUACGAAUAAAUGCAUAUUUUAUAUUUAAAAACUGCAACGCCGGCUUGGGGCAAAAGGACGAACCUUUGGCAGAAAAGUAUCAAUAAAGUUAGAUUAAACUUUAGGUGUGUGGAUAGGAAUGACGGUUUUUGAUCACCCUGUACUAUAUCAUAAUUAGGAACUGCAGCACAUUCUAUAAAAUUAUGUAAAUAUUUAUAGUGACUCUAAUACAAUAAAUUAUAAAUUCAAACGAUAUUGAGAUAAACUGCAAUAUUUAUCUCGUCCAUUAUGCUAAAUUAUGUGGGUUUACAAAUGCAAUAAUAUUAAUCAAUUGGCUCAAACAUUCUAGUAACUUUGUUGGAAUUGCACUUAUUUAUAAAUCAAUGAAUAAUAAAUUAAGAUUUUUUUAAGCUUAUUUGAUUGAAUUUUUUACUGGUCUGGAUUGUUUGAAGGGAACUGUCCCACUUGCUAUUAAUAAAAGUUGUCUGCAAGUUAUUGGGGACUUGACCUAAAACUUAAAAUACAGCCCACGAUUUACUAAUUAAUAAAUAACCCAGUUAAUUUAGCAUAUUGUAACGCCAAGUGCUUCCAUUAUUUCUUAGAGAAUGUUGAAAUAUUAAAUAGCAACAGGUUUGGUUAUCGAAUUAUUUGGCACAACAGAAAUUUUUGUGGGAAACUUAUUUUCCAUUUACCACACCGUAUGAUUAAAGACUGACUCCAGAAACAGUUAUUCACGAAAUCUUUAAUUAUUGUAAUUUAUUACCUUCAAUAUUUCGUCGAUAGUUGCUUGUGCAACCAACCUUUUUCGUUGGAAUACUUACUGUUGAAUUUCUUUCGACGACAAUCAGAAAAUUCAGUAUUGGAACGAUUUUAAAUAAAACACAAAGUUAUAAUAAUAAAUAAUGUAUUUGAUGUUGUAUUGAUUUGAUAGAUAAAUCUUUUGUACCAGUUAAAAUAAUUUUAUACAAAAAAUGGACCAAAACACAAAAAAAUAUAUUGUAGAUACUUAUAAUAAAUAAUACGCAACAACAAAUUAAAUAUUGAGCAAAUAGAACGUAAAAUAAAGUAUGUACUAUUUAUAAAACAUGUUUUGAAGUAAUACCAAAGUACUACACAAGUGAGUUCUAUUUUUUGUGAAAAAAUGCUCGAAAGUAUCUAAUAACUUAAUUAAAUUAGUACGGAACGCAACAAUUUAUAAAAACCACAUAAUUUACUUUCUUUUCUGGUUGCACAGAUCAGGUCAAGGCCUCGCUUCGGCGGCCUUGCUCUGUCUCAUUAACUUCCAACAAAAAAUUAGAUGCUUUUGAGCUCGAUUCUUUAGCAGAUCAAUGCACAGGAUAAUAGGCUAAAUACAACCGCUUAAAAUUUCAAAUGUUCAAAAACUUGUAAAUAUAUGAACUGUAUUAUUUACAACUUUAAAAAAUAAACUUAUGUUCAACA